GUCUUCUUGCAUAACAAUUGUUGCAAUGAACUCCCUCUUUACCAUCUUCGCUCUCCUCGCACUUGUUCUGGUUGCUACAACUGUAGAAUCAAGAGUAGGACCAGGAGGAUACGAGAAAAUUGUCAUCGAAAGGAUACCGGAAGACUUAUGGAAACUUGUGAAAGAAAAGUUUGAGCUUAAUAAUGUUAACAAUCUAUCUGAUAAAAAGGCUGAGAAAGCCGACUGCCAUGAUACUGAGAAGCCUAAAAUUGAGAUUGAAGAGUUUGAACCGAGACCUAAUGUCUCAGUUUAUCAUAAUGACAGUGAAGUAAAAGGGUCGUCUAAGUCCAUCGAUAACAUGGAAUCUAAGGAUAAUGGUUCUAAGGAUAAGCUGUCAUUUGAAGCCAAAGCGAAAACGCAUGCAUUUGAAGAAGAUUUUGAGCCAAGGCCAAAUGUUUCUAUGUACAAUGACUGA